AUGAAGUACCUAUUAGUGACAGGCGGUGUGAUAAGUGGAAUAGGCAAGGGGAUUAUUUCUAGCAGCGUUGGAGCGAUAAUGAAGGCAAAUGGCUGGGUGGUUACAUGCAUAAAAAUCGACCCGUAUUUGAAUAUUGAUGCUGGCACAUUUUCUCCAUACGAACAUGGCGAGGUUUACGUACUUGAUGAUGGUAGUGAAGUGGAUUUGGACUUAGGGAAUUAUGAGCGCUACAUAAAUGUUACUCUUACUAGGGACCACAAUAUAACAACAGGAAAAAUCUAUCAGCAAGUUACUCAACGUGAAAGAAGAGGCGAAUACCUUGGGAAAACAGUCCAGGUCGUCCCCCAUGUUACAGACGCUAUCCAGGAAUGGGUAAUUAAAGUUGCUGAAACGCCAGUUGACGCUUCGGGCAGGGCUCCUGACCUUUGCGUAAUUGAGCUGGGUGGUACCAUUGGUGAUAUCGAGUCCAUGCCCUUCGUUGAGGCCUUUCGCCAACUCCUUUACCGUGUUGGAUCGAAGAAUUUUUGCUGCGCUCACGUGAGCUUGGUGCCGAAUUUGUCCUCCGUGGGUGAACCCAAAACAAAGCCAACGCAAGUCAGUAUAAGGGAGCUGCGCGCUCGUGGUCUGCAGGCGGAUAUUCUCUUCUGUCGCUGCAACUGUGAGCUAUCCCAAAAAGUUAUAGAAAAGUUAGCUCUUUUCUGCCAAGUUCCUGCCGACCAUGUGAUUCAAGCCCGUGACGUGGUCAAUCUCUAUCAAGUACCAUUGGCCCUGGAGGCACAGAAGUUAUCCAUCCUUCUGUCGCGUCAUUUUGACCUUGAGCUCAGGGAGCUUGGCCCCGAGCCGCCCUUGGCUGCCUGGCAGGCUAUGGUUGAUCACAUGCUGCACGCUACUGAAACCAUUCGCGUUGCCGUAGCUGGCAAGUACACCAAACUCAGUGAUGCCUAUCUCUCGCUUCUAAAGGCAUGUGAACAUGCAGCGACCCAUGCUAAUUGCAAGCUGAAAGUAGACCUGGUUGACUCCGAGGAUUUGGAGCCGGCGAUGGAACUCUCUGCGCCUGAGCAGUACCAUGAGGCUUGGUUGUCGAUCAGCAACGCACAGGCCGUCAUUGUUGCCGGCGGCUUUGGCCCUCGCGGUUGUGAGGGCAAAAUCGCCGUCAUUCGGUAUUGUCGUGAACGCGGCAUUCCCUUCCUUGGUAUCUGUCUCGGCUUCCAGCUGGCUGUAGUAGAAUUUGCCCGCAAUGAUUCAAAUUCAACGGAAUUCAAUCCCAACACACCGUACCCGGUUGUAAUAGACAUGCCGGAAUUCAAUCCAGGUGAAAUGGGUGGUACAAUGCGCCUCGGCUCCCGUCGAACUAACUUCGUUGUCUCUUCGGUGGUGAAAGACUACCUCGGCACCCUGUGUGACCUGAAAGCUGAUAGAGUAGCACAAGUCCCAGGGUCUAUCUCUGAGAAUGGAGAUAUCGUGGAUAACUGCGAUGUUGCUGUUGAAAGUGAUAAGGAGAACUUCUCCCAUCUGCUUUCGCAUUUCAACAGCUUCCGCCUAGUGAACGCUGGUCACAUUUACGCCAGGCAUCGACACAGGUACGAAGUCAACCCGAGUUUCGUAAAGGACUUCGAGUCUAGUGGCUUCGCCUUUGUUGGGCGUGACGCCGGUAAGGGCAACCGCAUGGAGAUUGGGGAGUUGAUACGUCCCAUCACCACGCAAAAUGUGAGCUGCAAGAAAACGGGUGAAACGGUAACGAGUGAACGACAGCACCCCUACUUCGUAGGCACCCAGUUCCAUCCCGAGUACACCUCGCGACCCAUGGCUCCGUCGCCCUUCUUCGUUGGCCUUAUCCUCACUGCGCGGGCUCAGUGCAGCCAAUCAGGUCAGAUCCUGUCAGACCUACAGUCCACGAGCACCCUCGGUCCGAGACCCUUGCUCCAACUUCUGAAGUCUUGGCAUCCCAAACAGCCCGCCUCGAUGUCCUACAACUCACUCUUUCCUCCUGUCAAAGAGUGUACUUUGCUAAGCGUAUUCUUUAGUACCGCCGGUAUUUUCAAUAUGGACGUUUAUUCGCCGUCUCACCCAACCGAUCAGGAUGCUGAUUGUGAAGUCCUUUCAAAUAGUUUCGAAAGCGCCGGUGUGGAUGUAGAAAUCGGGAUGGAGAGUUCAAAAUGCUUUGGUUGCACUGUGUCCGGCACGGGUUCUACAACAUUGUUCAAAGAGUCUUGUUUUAUGAAAUCUCCUGAUCUGUCGCCAACGUUAUCUACCUCGUCCAAUAUGCCCUCAGAUGCUAUAACUGUGGAUCAGGAUGCUUCUGCCAUUGAGAAAAUUGACCUACUGAAGAUCAACACAUCAAAGAUAGACGAUACUGGUAACGAAAUGGAUGACAAAGAAAUAAAUGCCAAACCUGUUUUGUUGAAGGAUGUUAAUAAGCCGUUUGAUGGGGCUCAAAACGCCACGGGUAAUCCAAGAGAUUCUAGUGACCAGAGAGAAUCGAGAUUACAUAAUAAGGAUCAGAAAAAUGAAAAGUACCGUUCACAUAAGGACAAGUCCCCGGCACUUCACAAGGGACCCACUCGAUACUCAGUUUCCAAGUCUUCGCGUCAUCGCAGCCGUUCUCCGAGACGUAGGCAUAGUAGUAAAAGUUCUCGAAGGCGUUCGUCUUCUCAUUCACGUUAUCACAGCUCACGCAACCGACGUCAUUCCAGGUCUAGAUCAAGAGACAGGCAUCAUAGACGCUCCCGCUCAGCCUUACGCAGUAGGCACGAUCGUCGCAAGCGCGAGUCUCAUCAAGACCGCAAGACACGUUCUCGAAGUCGUAGUCGCCAAAGCAAAAUUCAUGAAAAUGAAUCCCAUGGCUUUCGGAAAGAUCAAAGUACAUGCGGUCCAACUAUGGCACCUCUAAGCCUUACAGCUUCCACGGCCCAUACGGCGCCGCUUUUACCAGAAAAAACGAUGAGAAAUGAAUCUAUUGAUGAUCAGUAUGACAUGGACGAAACUAGUACUCCGGAUAUUUCUGAGGACCACCUCCCUGCAGCUCGGGAAAUGAGUGAGAAUGCUGCUUUUGUGUUCCAAAGCCAUCCCCCUCCUCCCCCGUUGACAAGUCAAGACACUUUUCACCGUCAGUCGAGACUAGGCGGCUACGAUGGUACCUACCAGUCCCACAGGCUGAAUUCGUCGGCAGUGAGGGAGUUACCGCCUAAUCUCAUGUCACAACGCCCCACAUUCAAUCCAGCAUACGUAAAUCGUUUUCCUGGAGCGCCACCGGCUCAAUUCAUGGCAGUUAACGGGAUGCUUAAUCCGCUAUUGCCAUUUGGCGGAAUUUUAGGGCAGCCACCUCCUCCACCACCACCCCCGUCACUACCACCGAACCUGUCCUACACAGCCCCGCCUCCGCAACUCAUUCAGCACAUUAACGUCAACUCAAGCUUACCGUUUCAGCAGCAGCCGCAUACUGAGGUUCCGCCACGACCGGCGCUCUCGUCUCCUCCACCUCCACCACCACCGCCGUCUCAGUCCAAUCUGCUUGAAACAUUAAUGAGCAAGGUGGGGUUGCCGACUGACGGCAUUGCUGCACUAAGCAGUGCUCCAUUAGGUGGUGGUAGUGGUGCGGUUUCAAUGACUGCCAUCCCUCUCCCAGAACAAGUUGAGGAUAAGUCGCCAAUGAAGAAAAUCAACAGAUUGUUAAACUCAGCAGCGAAUACAUUGCUAAAUCAGUUGAACGUACCCGUUAGUACAAACGGUAGCCCUCCACCGCCGCCUCCACCUCUACCUAUGCCUUGUCGACCUGCGGGAAAGUCCGAUUCCAUGCCUCCCCUACCUUCUAUCGCUGGAAUUGUGGGUAGUGGUGAAUUUUCAAAUGGGAAUGGAGAUGUUCCGACAGGUGAAAGGAAACACAGGCAUCACCUUGAGUACAACAUUCAGGAAAUGCUCGCUAGGCGCAGAAGGUCAGAAUUUUCCAGUACUCGGGAGUGGCAGGAACGUAUUGCUCUUGAGGUUAAAAGUUUUAUUAAACCGUUUUAUGCUGCUGGAAAGGUGUCGAAGGAGGAUUGUCGAACCGUUCUUAAAAAGUCUGUAAAUAAGAUUUCGAGGAGCAGUUGCACUUCAAUAAACACGAAAAAAAUCGGCGAGUUCGUGAAGCUUUAUUUGCGAAAAUACUACAAGUACCGUAAAUGGCAAGCUCGUCAGCAAAAAUUGCAUUCUGAAUCGGCAGCUAAGGAACCGCCUAUUCACGUGAUGAUCUCUUUCACAAAAUUUGAGUGCAUAAACCCUCUGCUGGUCUACUACAAGCUUUCAGUGAAUACCUGCGGUGGGAUAUUCGCCCUGGUUUCCCCCAUUCCAAGUAUUAUAUCAACAGAAAUGACUCGUUUUCCGGCAGAUGGCGGUUUUUACCUGGCUCGGGUCGUCAGCGUCAUUAAAUCAAUUAUUUUCAUGUCUGAGGGCUUCUUGUAUAGCCUUAACAGCGGUUCACACCAGAAGUAUGUUAUUCUCACCUUAAAGUGGAGUUAG